GAGAGAGAAAACAACUGAUACUUACUUUUCAUGUGAAACCCGAAACAACAGCAGAGUAAAGAGAACAUGCAUCGCUCUCCUAUCAUUUUCACAUUGGUUUGUUUUUCUGACUUUCUGGCGUUCAUCACUUUGGGUGAUCAGUACAGUCUGCAGUGUCUCAGUAAUUAUUUAUCCAACAUCAGCUGCUCUUUGAACAUCUCGGAUGAGUUUCUGGGCAACGAAUCGUCCUACUGGCUGAACUUCAGUGUAGACGACGAACAGCACAUCUGCUUUCUGCAAAAGAGAGAGCAGGCUUUACUGUGUGAGCUGGAUUUAUCACCGGAUGUGAUUUUCUCCGAUGUGGACACUUACAGGAUCUCCUUCCAUUCUGCUUACCAUGAUGUCAUACUGGAUGAGGAGUUCAUGCCAAGCAAUCACAUUCGUCCAGUCCCUCCGUCUGACCUGUCAGUGCUCUGGGUGAAGAACAGUGCUGUUUUCCAGUGGCAAAGCGGAUAUGAAGCUUUUUCCUGGAUCCGCAGUUUAUUCAUCUCACACCUGCAGUACCAGCUGAGCAUGAGCAGCACACACAAGGUGUAUGAAGCAGAAUCAGCCGAGCAGAAGGUUUAUGUGGACGAGUCUAAAUUUGAACCUCACACUGAUUAUACAGUGCGUGUAAGAUCACAGCCUGAUCAAGGGGAAUAUAAAGGCGUCUGGAGCCCGUGGGCCCCUGCAAUACUCUGGAGAUCAGGGGACAUUCACAAAGAGAGUACAGAAAGAUCUUUCCACAUAGCCUGGUACCUUCUGUUUUUGCCACUGCUGCUGGUUCUGCUGUCCUGUAUCCCAUACUCUAGAUGGAUGAAGGAUGAUUAUGUACCAUCACCAGCUCCUUAUUUCAGAGACUGGGAAGUAGAUGUUCAGAUGUGUUCAGCGAUGUCGGGUAAGAUGUGUGAUGUCAUGCAGGGGGAGGAGUCUCUAAAGAUUGACAGGCUGACAGAGUGCACAGCCACGCCCCUUCAGCAGACGGUGCUAGAUUAUGAGAAGAUGGGAGUGAUCGACAGGCAGGAUGCUACACCCCCGUCUCCCAGCAUGCCUCACUCUCCUGUAGGCUCAGAGGUGGAUUCGGGAUGCUGGAUUCGAGAUUUCGUGCCCACUGAAGGAGGAAGCAUCACAUGCAGUGAGGAUUACUGUACACUGUCCAGCAUACACACAUACAGCAUCUGAACCAAUCACAGAAGCAGCUGCUGUUUUUAACCAAUGAUCAAAUCUGCAUAUUUCUGAAAUGUCAUGUGACACUGAAAACUAGAGUAAUGAUGCUGAAAAUUCUGCUGUAGAAUAAAUGACCUUUUUUUUAAUAUACUGAAAUAACAAGCAGCUAUUUUAUACUGGAUAUUUUCUCUGUAAACCCUAGAGAUGGUUGUGCGUGAAAAUCCCAGUAGAUCAGCAGUUUCUGAGACCAGCCCGUCUGGCAACAACAUCCAUGCUACUUUCAAAGUCACUUAAAUCCCCUUUCUUCCCCAUUCUGAUGCUCGAUUUGAACUGCAGCAGAUCAUCUUGACCGUGUCUACAUGCCUAAAUGCAUUGAUUGGCUGAAUAGAAAUUUGCGUUAACAAGCAGUUGGACAGGUGUACCUAAUAAAGUGGCCAGUGAGUGUAUUUAUAUUGUAUAUUUAUCACCUUUGUGUUUUGCUGCUAAGUCAAUUUAUACAUAAUCUGCUAAAUGCUUUACAUGAGAAUAUCCUGCUAAACAGAUUCAUCAUUCAUGGUUUUGUUUUGUGAACUCACGCAUCUACAAUUCAUUGCCUUAAAAAGGUCUUAAAGUGGAGUAGAAAGUCUUAUUAAAAUGACAAGGCAUUAAAUGAUGCAUGUACUACAAAACUUCCACACCACCACCGUUGUCCAGUAGAAAAAAAAAGUGCAUGUAUCAUUCUAGCAAGUUGUAUGGUCACACUUUUGACCCGUUUCUGGUGGGGUCUUAUAUGUACCUGGUAUAGGUACAUUUUUGGUGACAGCUUAAAAAAAAAUACAUUGAGUUAUUUCAUAAUAUCAGAAGAAAACAAAUUUAAAAUGUAAAUAUCAGAAGCAGUGUUGAAAGAACACGUUUAAAAUAAUGCAAAUAAAAAACCCUUUAAUAUAUUUAUAUUUUCCCACUCUGUACUCGUUUUGAAAUGUUGUAAUUAAAGAUAUAUAUCACAAUGCUGUCGGUUUCUGCAUUUUAUGGUUAUGAACGUUCUAAAUUCUGUACAAGUAAAAAUACAAUA